AUCUCAUCUCAUCUCAUCCAAUUCCUUUUCUCCGAUUUUCAAAUUCGCCUUUCUCGUCCACCUUGUCGUACUCUCUGUACUCUCUGUACUCGCUACUACCUAUCUUACCUAUUGCCUCACAUGCUCCCUUUGCUUACGCCUACAAUUACAACCUCGCUACAUCGGAAAGUUGGAAAACAUGGCACCAGGCACUAACGGCCGCGUCGUCCAGGUCGAGGACACCAAGAUCUGCGUUGUCAUGGUUGGCUUGCCUGCACGAGGGAAGAGUUACAUAGCACAGAAAGCCCAGCGUUACCUCCAAUGGCUCUCCAUCGAUGCCAAGACAUUCAACGUUGGUAACUACCGACGUCAUGACGCUCCUCAACCGUCAGCCGAUUUCUUCGAUACUAGCAAUCUCGAUGGAGAACGCAGACGCCGCGCUGCCGCCGAGGCCGCUAUAACCGACAUGCUAAGCUGGUUUCGCCAAGGCGGUGUGAUCGGUAUCCUCGAUGCUACCAAUUCUACCAAGGAACGCAGGAGAUGGGUCUACGACUUAUGUACUAAGGAGGGUAUCGAAGUCUUGUUCGUUGAAUCAAAGUGUGAUAACGAGGAGCUCAUCAUGGCCAACAUUCGAGACGUUAAAACCACCAGUCCUGACUACAAGGGCCAGGACCCCGAGAAAGCCGCUUUAGAUUUCCGCAAUCGCAUAAAGAACUACGAGAAGGUAUAUAAGAGCAUUGAUGCCGACGGUGACGAGAAUGAAUAUACCUACCUCAAGAUUAUGAAUGUUGGGUCUCAGGUUAUUAUCAACCGUAUACAAGAUUACCUACAGAGUCGGGUAGUCUACUACCUAAUGAACUUGCACAUCCGGCCGAGGUCGGUGUGGCUCUCGAGGCAUGGAGAAUCACUGUACAACCUCUAUGGGCGAAUCGGUGGUGAUGCGGAUCUGUCUCCGCGAGGACAUCAAUAUGCUAAGAAGCUGCCUGAACUCGUUCGUCAGUCUGUCGGUGGUGACCGCCCCCUCACGGUAUGGACCUCGACCCUGAAGCGCACUAUAGAAACGGCUCGUUUUCUACCCGAGAAUUACAACCAAUUGCAGUGGAAAGCAUUGGACGAGCUCGAUGCGGGUGUCUGUGACGGCAUGACAUAUCAGGAGAUCAAGGACGUUUACCCGGAGGAUUUCGUGGCGCGCGACGAAGACAAAUAUAAUUACCGCUACCGCGGUGGUGAGUCUUACCGCGACGUUGUUAUCCGUCUUGAACCUAUUAUAAUGGAGCUUGAACGAUCCGAGGAUAUCCUAAUUGUUACCCACCAAGCCAUAUUGCGCUGUAUAUAUGCAUACUUCAUGAAGAAGGACCAGUCUCACAGUCCCUGGAUGAACGUCCCACUCCACUGCCUCAUCAAGCUCACCCCACGUGCCUAUGGCACUGACGAGGAAAGAUAUCAUGCCGAUAUCCCUGCUGUUAGCACGUGGCGAGGUAAGGGGAGCACCGCCAAGCACGAAGACCCCGUCCCGGAGUCGAAUCUGGGUUACACUCCGACGGCGGCAGUCCACUAAGAAUUCGCCUGGAUGACUUUCGGUAUUAUGACUGACGAAAAUAAGAUAGGUAGGGUAGAGCAGGACAACUACUACUACUAGAUGAUCUGGCGGAUUGGUUCAGAGGGGCGCAUUAACGGAUGAAUACAUUGUUACGGUUCUUGUUUUGGCAACCGGCUUUGUGGAUAAAAAGGAACCGCCGCAUAUUAAUAUA